UGUUUGUAGCUGUUCUACUACUAGAGGCGGACAUGACUUAUAAAAGUGCCCAUCUCCUUUUACUGUCUGGGCUGGUUGCAUAUUAUCUUUGCUUCGUGCCCAGAUGUGUGUGCAUCGGAGGCUCUUCACAAUGACCAAGAAGAAGAACAGCUCCUCCAUUCAAGCUAUCUACGACCUCUGCAAGGAAACUUUUACGCCCGCCGCAACUUCCCCACCUCCUCCUCACGCCAUUCAUAAGCUCUCCUCUUUAUUGGACUCAAUUGGCCCUUCUGAUGUUGGUCUAAGUGAUGGUAGCAAAGAGGAUGACAGAGGGCAUGGUCCUCUUGGUAUUUUUUCAUUUAAUAGAGUGGAUGGGUGGGCUCAACCAAUAACUUAUGUGGAUAUACAUGAGGGAGAAAGUUUCACGAUGUGCAUGUUUUGCUUCCCUACAUCCUCUGUUAUUCCACUUCAUGAUCAUCCUGGCAUGACUGUUUUGAGCAAAGUCUUAUAUGGUUCCUUGCAUGUCAAAGCUUACGAUUGGGUAGAGCCAGCUCGCAUCCAAAAAAUUGAUGGAACUGAUCAUUCUGAAGUGAGAUUGGCUAAAUUGGCUGUGGAUAAAGUUUUGACUGCACCAUGUAAUACAUCUGUUCUAUAUCCAAGGAGUGGAGGGAACCUGCAUUGCUUUACUGCUAUCACUCCUUGUGCAGUUCUUGACAUCCUUGCUCCACCUUAUAAUGAACCUGCUGGCAGGAGAUGUUCUUAUUACCGUGAUUAUCCUUGUUCCACCCUCUCAACAGAAGAAGAUGAAAAUGGUAUCACAAAAGAAGAGGACUAUGCAUGGCUUGCAGAGGUUGGCACACCCGAUGACCUCUAUAUGCGCCCUGGAACAUAUUCUGGUCCAGCAAUUGAGAAAUGAUGAUCGCCCAUAACAUUUGAAAGAUAUCCAUAGAUUUGGAUGACUUUGCAAAGAAUAUCACAAUGAUGCAUCAACUUUGACUGUGUGCCGAAAAUCUCUAUCUUUGAGCAACUAAUUUAUGGUUCUUGUGUAUUUGAGUUGUACAAAAGUCCAUAGGUCUUUUACAUGACAUGACAAUCAGAAUGUUAAUGUAGUUCUUGGUAUUGUAAUCUGAUUACGUUAAUCUGUAAAUUUCUAGACAUCGAUUAAAUUUUGUUAAAUCUGCUGAUAUCCCUUCGGUUUAUAGUUCCCCUUGAUAUUGGCUAUGUCCUUGUGGAUUUUAGUCCAAGCGCCGUUGGAUUGAAUAUCCAAGCAUUGUGCGGUAGGUUGGCAUGGAACCCAUGUUACCAAGAGUUGGGAGAAGAUUCGGACAUUUCAGAAUUUCCCA